AUGGCUGUGGUGGAUCCAGCUCAGAUGCUGGUGACCUUCGAGGAGGUGGCUGUGUAUUUCACCGCGGGGCAGGGGGCUCUGCUGGACCCCGCUCAGAGAGCCCUCUACAGAGAUGUCAUGCAGGAGAACUAUGAGACCGUGACUUCCCUGGCAGGACUCCCCAUUCCCAAACCUGACCUGAUCGCUCGUCUGGAAGCAGGGGAAGAGCCUUGGGUCCUGGAUCUCCACGCCUUUGAGGAAAGCAACAUCCCAAGAGGCACCUGCACAGGCACUGACUCCUGGCUGGUUUCUCUCUCUCCCCCAGCAGGUGACGAGACAAUGAGUGAGAACGAGGAGGGGAAUCCGCAGCAGGAAGGUGCUGAGCAAGUGGAACGGCAGGAAGACUUUCUGAGAAGAGCAGAUGGGAAUUUUUCCCCGUUCUUGGAACAGAGAAAAGCCUGGAGGAAUCGGCACAGGUCAGAGAGGAAGUUGGGAAACCACCCAAGAAAGCAAGUGCACGAAUCCUUUGAAUGUGGGGGAGGAGGCAAGGAUCCCAAAAAAACCACAACCCCACAGACAAAUCCCAAGGAAAAGAAACCUUAUAAAUGCUUGGACUGUGGAAAAAUCUUCAACUGGAUCUCAAAUCUUACUACCCAUCGGAGACUGCACACGGGAGAGAAACCAUAUAAAUGCCUUGAGUGUGGGAAAAGCUUCAGGGCCGGCAGCCUUUGGCUCCCGGUCCGUCAGGGUAAGAGCGGGCCAAGGGACAUGCUGGCCGUGCUUCCUGCAGCCCCCAUUGGCCGGGAACGGCGAACCACGGCCACUGGGUGCUGCGAGCGGCUGUGCCUCUGGGCGCUCAGGUAA